AGGAGAGGAAGGUGGACAACAUGAAGCCCAAGCACCCCGAGGAGCAGGAGAUCCCGUUCCGCCUGCGGGAGAUCAUGCAGAGCCGCGAGGCCAUGAAACGCCUGGGCCAGGGGAAGAGGAAGGCAGCAGAGAAGAAGCAGCAGCAGAAGCCCAAAUCCAAGGGGGACAUCCCGGUGCCCAGGUUCCGGAGGGGGAAGGGGGAGUCGGAGCGUUCCUACAUCUGCCGCAUGGAGCAGGAGGUGCAGCACGUCCUGUUCCUCACUGAGAACCAGCUCCAACGGGAGCCUGAGCGGGAGGACACAGCCCCAGAGAAGUCCCAGAGGAAAAAAGAGUUUCAGAAAAAGAAGCUGGAAAAAGCUCGGAAGAAGAAGGAGGAGAAGAAGGCAGACAUGCUGGAGAAGAGCCUGUUCCAAGACACGGUGGCGUUUGGGGAGGUGGUGACACAGCCACCCACCAUCACCUCACGGCCCCGGGGACGGGGUCCUGCCGAGCAGGCUGGACGGAAGCAGCUCCUCCUGACACCUCGGCUGGGCCGGAGCCAGGCGUCCCCCGUGUCCCCCGUGUCCCCGGUGAUGUCCAUGGCUCGCCGGCGCAUCGUGGAGGAGGAGCGGGCGCGGGUCAUCCAGGCCUACAGGGACAUCCAGAGGCGGAAACAGCUCCAGCGGGAACGUUCCCAGGCUGGGCACAGGGCCCCGCCCUGAGC